AUGGAGACCAAGCCGCUGAUAGGCGACAUGCGACCGCCAGCGAGUGUGGAUCGCCGCCUCGCGCCCAUGGUACGUAUCGUCACUCCACCGACAAUGGGGAGCGCAUCACCAGUCGCGCCGUUCGACAGCAUGCUCGGCCUUGAGACCGAGACUAUGCCUGAGAGCAUCGAGGGCAUAAUGGACGGCUUCCAUCACGGUCUCCUCUCCCCAGUUACAGGACAGAGCUCUACUGUGCGUCUCCCACAACAGAUGUCGAUCCCCCAGAUGGUGCCUGUUGGCGGGAGUCCGGCGUCGGCGUCGCCCAGCGUCGGUGCAAUCGUCGGUCUCACCGACGAUCAGAUGGACGAGCUCCUCCUCAUCUACGAAACAUUUAUCCACCAACAUUGGCCGAUCAUCUAUCUACCCGCUCUGCGGAGCCUGCGCUCUCUCGAGACGCAGAGUCCGCUCGUUUUCGACGCCGUCCUAGCGCUCUCAGCCACCAACCAGGACCUGGGCAACGUCGUCAUGGGCGACUCACCGAGCGAGGCCCGCUACGUCCGCGGACCAUAUGGUGUGCUCUCGGAGAAUCUGGUCGAGAGCGUACGGCAGCGCAUCCUCUCCUCUCUUGGGACAUGCGACCUACCCACCAUCCAAGCGUGCAUCCUCAUCACCCUCGUGGAUAUCGGUUACGGACGCAUGCAGUUUGCAUACCACAUGGGCGGCAUUGCGUGCCGCAUGGCAAUUGACCUUGGGCUCCACACCAUGCACGGGCUAGCGGGCGCGCGAACCACACCCGGACGUAAAGAGCAUGAACAGUAUCGCACGCUGUGGGCGUGCUUUAUCCUCGACAAGGUCCUCGCAGCGCUGCUCCAGCGUCCACCGAUGAUGCGCAGCGUCGUCAUCGACACACCCCGGCCAAGCACUAUGGAACGCGACGAGCUCGACCUUUGGCUCGCAGGCCGCGCGAGCCAGUACCUCCAACCUGCGGCUCUGAGUGUCAUGGAGUGCUCCAAGUCGCAUGCGCUGAGCUCGUUCAACGCGUGGAUCGACAUCAUGGUCAUCCUCGAAGACAUUCUCGAACACGUGUACCGUCCAUCCGAGUGUCGCGCGCGUAUAGAGAACCCCGAAAUCGCGGGCCGGCAUUACGACGAGCUCGUUGUCGGCAUCGACGGUGCGCUCCGUGCAUGGCGCCGUAACCUCCCCACACAUUUGCAAUGGGAAGACGGGGAUCCAAGGGCACACCAGUGUGUCGGGCCGCACAUACUCACCAUGCGUGGAUGGUACUAUACCUGCAUGUUACUGGUGCAUCGACCGCGUGUGCCGUUUCUGGACGCGGCCGCGAGCCCACACAACGACGCGGCCGAGGCCCUCUCGCGCAUGUCGCACCCGUCGGCAAGCACUCCCGCCACGCCAGCACACAAGCGUCUUCCGAAAGGCAUUGAUGCGAGUCGAGACGCUGCCAGUUCAAUCUGCGACGUCCUAGAGGGAUACAAGCACUCAUUCCGGGUACGCAAGUUCCCUUCCAUGUGGGUAUACAUGAUCUUCCAGGCCGGCACCGUGCAUGGUGGCCUGGCUGCGCGGCCGAGUCCGUCUCCAUUCGAGCCGGAGAUACAGUUUGGACAGUUGGGGCAGUUGGGAUUUAGCCCGCAGCGUGUGGAGAGUUUCCAGCGCCUCGAGCAGUGCAUCAGUCGGCUCGACCAGAUCGGUUUUACGUGGGCGAGCGCGAGCCAUCACUCGGAGAUUCUGCGACGUAUCAGCGCUCUCGGAGCCAAGACGCGCCCCCCCAGUCCGCGGUACGACGAAUUCGUCAGCAAGGGUCAGAAUGUAUUCGAUCUGGUGCCGAGUUCGGGGACCACGCCCAAUCCGGACCAGCUGAACGCGGCCCUCGACCCGAAUCAACAGCAGAACGACGACCUCCUCAACUCGUGGAUGCUGUUCUGGGCGGGUAUGCCGACGGCAUCAGACGACAUUGGUCUCUGGCACGGUUUCGAGAGCAUGUUCACAGACAACCCGCAGAUUAACCCGACAAACCACCCGCCAUUGCCAUAG